CGAUCACAUCACUUUCCCAAUCAAGCUUCACCUCACACAUCCAUCUCUCAGACUCUUUCGACCUCAUCCUUUCAUCUUAAUCCCUAUUCUGUCACGAUUAUAUUGACUUCUUUAUUUUCGUUGCCUUCCUUGUCAUCCGGUUCCGCAGUCCAGCCUCACCAUGCCUAGCGCCACGGGAGCGAACUGGGAGAAGUACAAGAAGAACUUCGCUGACGACGAAGAGCCGGAGAAGAAGAUCACACCUCUCACAGACGAUGACAUUCAAGUACUCAAGACAUACGGCGCCGCUCCCUACGCGACCGCAUUAAAGAAGCUCGAGAAGCAGAUCAAGGACAAACAAGCGAGCGUAAACGAGAAGAUCGGUGUCAAGGAAUCCGACACCGGUCUUGCGCCUCCACACCUUUGGGAUGUUGCUGCAGAUAGGCAACGCAUGGCAGAGGAGCAGCCAUUGCAGGUGGCUCGUUGUACAAAGAUCAUUUCCGACGAGAAGGAUCCCGACAAGAGCAAAUAUGUCAUCAACGUCAAGCAGAUCGCCAAGUUUGUCGUGAAUCUAGGGGAGAGAGUGAGCCCUACAGAUAUUGAAGAAGGCAUGAGGGUCGGCGUCGACCGGAAUAAGUACCAGAUUAUGUUACCUCUUCCUCCUAAGAUCGACCCUAGCGUGACGAUGAUGACGGUCGAAGACAAACCGGACGUUACGUACGGCGAUGUUGGUGGAUGCAAGGAACAGAUUGAGAAGUUGAGAGAAGUUGUCGAAAUGCCUUUGCUGUCACCAGAACGAUUCGUCAACCUCGGUAUCGAUCCGCCCAAGGGUGCGCUGCUGUACGGUCCUCCCGGUACCGGCAAGACCCUCUGCGCUCGAGCAGUCGCUAACCGGACCGACGCUACGUUCAUCCGUGUUAUCGGUAGCGAGUUGGUUCAGAAGUACGUUGGUGAGGGUGCACGAAUGGUUCGAGAGCUUUUCGAGAUGGCCCGGACCAAGAAGGCAUGCAUCAUCUUCUUUGACGAAAUCGACGCGGUCGGUGGUGCUCGUUUCGAUGAUGGAGCUGGCGGUGACAACGAAGUCCAACGUACUAUGCUUGAGUUGAUUACACAGCUGGAUGGUUUCGAUUCCCGUGGUAACAUCAAGGUCAUGUUUGCAACCAACCGACCGUCGACCUUGGAUCCUGCCCUGAUGCGUCCUGGUCGUAUUGACCGCAAGAUCGAAUUCUCGCUUCCCGACGUUGAAGGUCGCGCCAACAUCCUCCGCAUUCAUGCCAAGAGUAUGUCAGUCGAGAGAGACAUUCGGUGGGAGCUGAUCUCCCGACUGUGCCCUAAUGCUACCGGUGCGGAACUACGGAGUGUUGCCACAGAAGCUGGCAUGUUUGCGAUCCGGGCGAGGCGGAAGGUGGCCACGGAGAAGGACUUCCUGGCCGCUGUGGACAAGGUCAUCAAGGGCAACCUCAAGUUCAACUCGACGGCCACAUACAUGCAGUACAAUUAG